UCCCUUCAGACUUCAGAAAAUAACUAACUUUAGUUGUAGCUGUAACUGGUUUGUGCAUUAUGUACUUACAUAGGAAUACUUCUUUGUCGUGUAGCCAUGUCACUAAGCGAAUAUGUCAUUCGCGAGCGAAUGAAAAAGGUCGAGGAACUGCAGUCCAUCUACAUGGUGUGCCAGAACAAGUACACGGAGGUAUUGAAAAGCCUGGGAUGGAGCAAAGAAUCAUGCAAAGCUUUGUCAGUGGACAAGGCUAGCUGCAGUGUUGAUAGCUGCCACACUGUGACAAAAGCCUCGCUGGAGAAACAUGAAGAGAAAUGCGCCAUCCGACACUAUGGCGGCUCAUCUAGUGACGUCAGGAACUCCAGCUACUCACCAGCAUAUUUCUAUCAAGGACUGCAGAGGGUUGUUUCGGUUUUUGUUGAUGCUGGCCAACUGAGUGGGAUCUGUACAAGCGCUCAAGCAAGCAACACUGGCUCAACAUCAACAUUGCCAGUCAGCCGUUCCCAUCAGACUCCCGGCGGCGCUGCAGGCAAUGUCACCAGCGGCGUAUCUAGUAGUGGUGUGUCUAGCAGUGGUGUGUGGAGCAGUGCUGCUGGUACUGCUGGUGCUGGUGUUGCUGGUGGUGAUCACUACGCGACGUUGCAGGGCACACAGACCUGGAUAUCACCAGGUCUAGCACUAUCACCCAUGGAGACACUCAGGAAAGUGUUUGGAUGGCAACUGAUCCCACAUCAAUUCUGGCAUGUUGAUAUCCAGCCACUGGACCACAGUGCGGUGGAGAAAUGGAUCAAGUCAAACAUACCGGCUUCAACACUUAUGAGUACUGUGGUGGACAUAGAAAGUCAGCUGUUGAAUGUCGUCAUGUCACUUCUUCAGUCGCCAUCUUGCAGCGCUGAUAGCACACUGAUGCAGCUCAAGCCACUGCUUGGCCGAUCUGGUCGGGAGUUUGUCCUUCGCUUGUGGAAGUUCCUCAUUGCGCUAGGAAUGUCGCCAUCGCUGGGUCUGGCCACGCACCAUGUGUUCUUGGUGGAAGCAGCUACUAAGCAACAGCCAAAUCCAGCUGCUCAAGGUGGAUCAUCCGAGCUACACGCCAGACUUGCUCCGUACAUGCACAUUCCAUGUAGUUUGCUGUCUUCACUACUGACUCCUGCACAACGAUUGGCACUCUAUGAACAUGCAGUGGAGGUCGCUCGUGAUGCCAUGCGUCAAGCCGAGUUCACGGCUGAAGAUCUGCUCACUGCUAUCGAGGAGCACCCGGGAUCAAAAGUGUACGAUGAAGAAGAUCGUCAGAAAGCUCAAGAUCUCGUAGACUUGUUGGCACAAGAGCGAGAUUACAAGCGCAGGCGACAGUCGUAUCGAGCGAAAAAUGUCCACAUCACCAAGCGUAACGCAGUUGAAAUAAUGCGUGACUUGAUAGCUGUGGGUAUGAAAGAGCUGGUCGCUGAAGACGGCCAAGAAGCGCAUCAGUCUGAUAAUGAACGGCCCACCAUGCACCGCAAUCAGCAGGCAGCACAGAGCUCCACAUCCUCUCCCCGUCGCCAUGCCAACCAGGACCGUGAUGACAGGGGAGAUCGUAGUAGACCCUCACAACAAAGACACCAUCAUCACCACAGUGGUGAUCAGCGUAGCUCAGCUCAUGGUCAAGAGCGCAAGUCAUCUCCUUCACUUGAGAGACGCGAGCACUCUUCUCGCCAGCGAUCAACAGCGGAAAGUCGACGUCCCGCAUCUCGACACUCCUCACCACCAUCUGCCUCGGAUUAUCAUCGCCACUCAAAGCAGUCGUCUAGAAGUCACCAUGGUUACGAUCGCCAUCACCACCACCACUCUGCUGAUGAUGAUCACAGCACUGAGUACUAUCGACGUGGUAAGCGUGGGCGUCACCAUGACGAUGACAGUGAUGCUAAUGACAGUGAGCUGGGUAGAAGAAGACGCGAGCGUCGUGGCCCUAGCAAUGUAGAUGAUGAUGACCGCGGUGAUGAGAGGGAAGCUGACCAGCAAAGUCAUCACCAUCGUCAUCGUCCUGACGAUGGUGUGGAGGGAACAACUAAUGUGAAACAAGAAAUGGAUGACAGCGAUAAUGACUACACACGUCACAAGCGGCGCAAGAAGAAGAAACGAAAGAAGCGAUCCCGGUCCAGCUCUCGAUCGGAUUUUAGUAUUGAUGAUGCAGGAACGGCAGCUGAUGGUCCUGUAGAGACACGUGACGAAAGGGCAAAGAAGUUGCUGGUGAAAACUGAAGAUGUUGGUGCUGGCAGUGACUGUAGAGGGGUUGACACUGCCGUCAGUGAUGGGGGUGCAGCUACUGCUGCUGCUGCUGCUGCUGAUGAUGCUUAUGAGGAAGAUGAGCCGGAAGAGGGCGAAGUGAGGUAGCAGCAGCUACACCAUUGAAUGACACUCAGUAACACCCCCCCCCCUCUCUCUCUCUGUGUCUGUCUGUCUCUGUCUGUCUGUCUGUCUCUGUCUCUGUCUCCUCUCUCUCUGUGUCUGUCUGUCUGUCUCUGUCUGUCUGUCUGCCUGUCUCUCUGUUUUUGGUGCACAAAAUAUCUCCGGUGUUGAUUGAUUGCUUUCUUGCUUAGACUUCAACCACGCCUUCGUUCUCUCAGUACUAGCGUUGUGCGAACUCUCCUUCUAGUCCACCUCAUUUUGCCCCGAGAUGUUUUGAUGCAUAGUGAUAUGACGCUCAUCAUUCGUUCCCUUGUCACUGGACAGUUCUGUCCGUUACAUGUGAGUUUUAGCGAAUUCUAAUAAAGAAAACAAUAACACUAUACCUCUCCAGUUCCGCUCAUGGACUCAUUCAUGUGCACUGGUCGUGUACACAUUACACUCGAUCAACAUUUGGGAAUUAUUUAUUUCAGUUGACAUUA